ACGUGCGAGCAUCUGUCAAAAGCAAGAAGGUUAGGUGUCAUUGUUUUGUUUUGCAUGCGGACAGAGCCGCGGCACAACGUUUUUUGUUUUUGUUUUAAUAAGUGACUGAAAGUCGGAACGCUAAAUUUUGAGUCGAAGAAUUUUAUCAUUGGAGUUGGUGAAUGUGAAGGAACGAAGACAAAAUGAAGUUUUCGUAUAAGUUCUCGAAUCUGCUGGGAACAAUUUAUCGCAAGGGUAAUUUGAUAUUUUCAAAUGAUGGCAAUUCAAUCAUCAGCCCGGUGGGCAAUCGCAUCACAAUCUACGAUUUGAAAAAUAACAAAUCAAAAACCUUAUCGCUGGACAGCCGGUACAACUACACUGCCGUAGCAAUUUCGCCAAAUGGAUGCCUGAUGAUAGCGGUGAAUGAGAAAGGCGAAGCGCAAAUGAUCAGUAUGAUAUCACAGACAGUGAUUUACACGCACAAAUUCGCCGAGACCGUCAAUUGCGUUCGUUUCAGUCCGAAUGGCAAAUAUUUUGCCAUCGCCCGUGCGCAUAUUGUGUCGGUAUAUAUUGUGCCUGGUGAAAUAUCCGGUGAUUAUGGCAAUUUCAAAGCGUUCCGCCAUUUUCAUGGGGCUAACGAUGAUGUGACAUGGAUCGAUUGGUCGAGUGAUUCCAGACUGUUAGCGAUUGGAGCUAGAGAUAACACCACCAAGUUAUGUGCUAUUGAAUUUUUGGAAAAUUUCCGACCGUACCAGUUGGCUGGCCACACCGAUUCGAUUGUCGGUUGCUUCUUUGAGAAUAACAGUUUGGAUGUGAGUACAAUAAGUCGUAAUGGACAGCUAUGCAUUUGGGAAUGUAGUUUAGAGUUGAAAGAUUUGACACCAAAAGAUUUUACAAUCAAAGAAGAGGACGAUGAGACGAAAGAGGAUGAAAUUGAUACAAAAAAAUCGCUUGAAGAAUCAAAUGAUGGGUUAAAAAUUGAACAAGACAGUGAUCAAUUGAAUGAAGAUGAUCGUAUUGCGAUAACUGGACGUGAUGAUCAAGGGAAGGUUGUUGCUGAUGAACUAUUGAAACCACAUCCCUUCAACUAUACUCGCUUGGCUCGACAUUAUCUCAUCGAUGAAGUUCGAAAGUCCGAUUCACGUGCCAUUCUCACCGCUGCCAACUAUCAUCAGAAAACCAAAUUACUCAUUACGGCCUAUUCAAACGGAGCAUUCUUCCUGCAUGAAAUGCCCGACGUGAAUCUGAUUCAUUCGCUGAGUAUUACGGAAUUUGCAAUUGAAACGGCUGUAUUCAAUGUGACUGGCGAUUGGAUUGCAUUGGGAUCGUCGAAUCUCGGCCAAUUGCUGGUGUGGGAAUGGCAAAGUGAACAGUAUAUCAUGAAGCAGCAGGGUCAUUCCAGCGAAAUGAAUUGUGUUGCCUAUUCACCUGAUGGUCAGUCCAUUGUAACGGGAGGUGAAGAUGCCAAAGUCAAAGUGUGGAAUGUUAACAAUGGCUUUUGCUUUGUCACAUUCAGUGAACACACUAGCGCAAUUACGGCCCUUGAAUUUAGCAACAAUAAAAAAUUCCUGGUGAGCGCCUCACUGGAUGGCACGGUGCGUGCCUAUGAUUUAGUUAGAUAUCGUAAUUUCCGUACAUUCACUUCACCGCGACCCGUUCAAUUUUCCAGUUUGGCACUGGAUGCAUCGGGCGAAUUGGUUGUGGCUGGUGGACGUGAUAUUUUCGAAAUUUAUUUGUGGUCAAUGAAAUUGGGACGAUUAUUGGAAGUGCUGAGCGGUCAUGAAGGUCCGGUCAGUUCAUUGGCAUUCGCUCCAGUUGCCACUUCAUCGAUGCUUGUGUCCGGAUCAUGGGAUCAUACGAUUCGAAUUUGGAACUGUCUAGAGUCGUCCGGUGAUCAUGAAACCGUUGAAAUUCAAUCGAAUGUCACAGCAGUUGCUUUUAAACCAGACGGUGAAGAAGUGGCCGUUGCCGCACUUAGCGGCAAUAUUCAAAUAUUCAGCGUUAGAAAUUCACAACAAAUUGCCAGUAUUGAAGGACGCAAUGAUUUGGGCGCUACCGUUUCCGAAGUGGAUCUGACGUCAGCCGAUAAAAAUAAAGAAAGCAAGUAUUUCUCAACAAUAGCAUAUUCAGCCGAUGGUGAAACACUUUUGGCAGCUGGAAAGUCGAAAAAUGUGUGCAUUUAUCAUGUGGCCGGCGGUAUUCUGUUGAAGAAGUUAGAAAUUACACAAAAUCACAGUUUAGAUGGACUUGAUGAUUACAUCAAUCGCCGCAAUCUAACUGAAUUCGGAAAUUUGGCACUGGUCGAAGCUCGAGACGAACUGGAAGGUGGGAAUGUUGCGAUCCGUUUGCCGGGCGUACAAAAAGGUGAUAUGGCAUCACGAAAUUUCAAGCCCGAAGUGAAUGUGUUCAGUGUGCGUUUUUCGCCGACGGCACAAUCAUGGGCAGCCGCCACCACCGAAGGUCUGCUCAUUUAUUCACUUGACCGUGGAAUCGUGUUCGAUCCGCUGAAUUUAUCAUUGGAAGUGACACCAAAAGCGGCUCGUGAAUGUCUACAACAACACCAUUAUUCGACCGCUCUAUUGAUGGCAUUGAAAUUGAAUGAGGUCAAAUUGAUUGAAGAAAUUAUCGAACAAAUUCCGCACAGCGAAGUUGAAUUGGUGGUUGCCGCAAUGCCUGAAACGUAUGUGGAACGAACGUUGGAAUUUGUUAGUAAGCAAGUUAGUGCUAGUCACCAUAUAGAAUUCUACUUAACAUGGGCCACCAAAAUACUUACCAUCCACGCACCAAAAGAGCAUGUAUUCAAGCAGCAAUCGCUGAUAGCAAUACAAGACAGCUUGACGCGGAAAUAUGAAGCGCUAAGUCGAGUGUGUGACUUCAAUAAAUACACACUGAAAGUGUUGCGCGAGAUGUGCGGAGCGGGAGCAGGAAGCAGUGCAGACAAAGACGAGGGUAGAUCAGACAGUGAUAGCGAUGCUGAUGACGACGACGAUUCUGAAGAUGAUCUCGACAAUUUGAUUCUGAUCAAACAGAAUACAAACGGUACACAUGAUCAGGAUGUGGAAAUGCAAUCCAAAUCCGACGAUUCAUCUGACGACAUGAGCGAAGGCUAAUAUAUGCACAAUACUAUUCCAAUUAUACGAUUCCGUGUAAUUUUCCCCUCCUUCUUUUAAAUCCUAAUUUGUACAAUAUAAAAACAAUCUGUUAAAUAAAAACGUCUUAAACUUUUUUUUUAAACUGAA